CUCGUCGUGUCGUCUCUUCCGCGCUUAUUACUUUCUCCUAGUGCGAGUUGCACUUACAUUCGACUUCGAUCCCCCUCUCGGACCCACGGUUUUGCUCUUCAUUCACACUGAAGUUCAUCCUUGAACUGCAUCGCUGUUUCUCCGGCUUUCAAUCUGCUUUCCCACCGCCACAAACAAAGCUCUAGCUCAAAGAGCGCCAUAAUCCACCCGCCUUACCACCGCGAUAGCAAUUCGGACUGUACAACGAUCUCCUGUUGACCUACGCCGGGCAUUGAGUGCAUUGUCUGAUUCAAGAGUCUCGCACGUGGGAGAAGUCCACACAUAUGAACGGAUCGGCGGUCGCGUUUCCUUCACUUCGAGAGCAAUUCGUUUGAGCAACUUUUCGUCCGCCAUCCGCGACAGGAAUCGUGCCGAUGUCAGAAGACGCCCCCGACAGCAACGGGGUCACAGAGCAGUACCGUCCAGAGCUCACCAAAGCCACGCCGGCAGACUUUAUGAGACCAGCCAUGCGGACUAGGGCGACUUCCACUGCAAAAAACUCAAAGACGAAUGGCGUGGGUAUUCAGCCCGAGGACACGCGGAUAUGUGUGGUGAUGGUAGGCUUGCCUGCGCGAGGCAAGAGUCUGAUUGCACAGAAAGUCGUCCGAUAUCUCGGCUGGCUCAGUAUCACAGCGAAAUGCUUCAACGUUGGCAACUAUCGUCGAACGGCAACCCCACAACCUCCGGCAGCCUUCUUUGACACCUCCAAUAAGGAAGGUGAACGAUUACGAAUGGCUGCAGCCGAAGCUGCUGUUGACGAUAUGUGUAAUUGGUUCCGCGGACCUAACAAUCUCAUUGCGAUCCUCGACGCAACAAACAGCACGAAAGCCCGGAGGCGGUGGAUUAAAGAGCGAUGCGACUCAGAGGACAUCCAGACACUUUUUGUGGAAAGCAAGUGCGAUGACGAGGACCUUAUCAUGAGCAACAUACUCGAGGUCAAGACGACAAGUCCUGACUACGUUGGGCAGGACCCGGAGGAGGCCGCGAACGAUUUCAGGGAGAGAAUUAAGAUGUAUGAGAGGGUAUAUCAGACACUGGACGAGGACGAGGCGGACAUGACAUACUGCAAGAUCAUUGAUGUUGGCUCGCAAGUCAUCAUCAACCGGAUACAGGACUACCUUCAGUCGAGGGUAGUGUACUACCUGAUGAAUCUCCACAUCAAGCCACGAUCCAUCUGGAUUAGUCGACACGGAGAAUCCAUGUACAACCUCAGCGGUCAAAUCGGUGGCGAUGCAAACCUCUCUGAGCGCGGUCAUCAAUACGCCAAAUUCCUGCCCGGUCUUGUGAAACAGUCCGCCGGCGACUUGCCAUUGACAGUCUGGACAUCUACCCUCAAACGAACCGCUCAAACCGCGUGCCAUCUUCCCUACGAGAAGCUAUCGUGGAAGGCCCUCGACGAGCUAGAUUCGGGCGUGUGCGAUGGUCUUACGUACGCCGAAAUCGAGCAGCAGUAUCCCCAGGACUUCAAAGCUCGUGAUGAAGACAAGUACAACUACCGUUACCUUGGUGGCGAGAGCUACCGCGACGUCGUCAUCCGGCUGGAACCAAUCAUCAUGGAACUCGAGCGCUCGGAGAACAUCCUCAUCGUCACGCACCAGGCCGUGCUGCGGUGUAUCUAUGCAUACUUCAUGGGCUCAUCACAGGAGAAGUCUCCAUGGAUGGAGGUCCCAUUACAUACCUUGAUCAAGCUGACACCCAGAGCGUACAAGACAGAAGAAGAGAGGAUGUACGCUGAUGUUCCAGCCGUCAGCACGUGGAGGGAGAAGGGAAGCAAGGCAGUGCACCAAGAUACUGAAGCGAGCCGCCGUGGAUCGCCGCUCAUUGUGGGUCAGUCGAAGUGA